CUGAUGUGAGUAGCAACCGUUGUCUCCUAAACAUUCCUGCCAGCAAACUUUGAGAAAUAACAACUCUGUCCGUGUCGUGUGUGUGACACAGGAGUAAGCACUAGCAGAGAAGCUGACAGAGAGCGUCAGAAGAUGGCAGAGCUGACAACACUAGAGAGCCUGCUGGAGAUGGGCUUUGACAGAAACAGAGCGGAGAAGGCGGUGGCCAACACAGGUAACCAGGGGAUAGAGAGAGCCAUGGACUGGCUGAUGGAGCAUGAGAAUGACCCAGACAUCGAUGAGCCCUAUGUGCCUCCGGAGGGGAACAUGCUGGGAGGUGCAGCAGACAGCCAGAGCAGCCCAGCCCAGCCCACAGUAGCAGAUCCUGCUGAAGGGACGGACACUGGCGACCUGGACCAGAGUGACACACAGGAGGGCAGCAAGCGGCCAAUGACAGAGGAGGAGAAACGCGAACAGGUGAAAAGGCUAGAGGAGCUGAUGCGGGUGAAGCAGGCGGAGCGGAGAGAAAGAGAGCGGGCCGAGGAGGUGGAGAGAGAGAAGCAGCGGAGGAAGCAGGGCCAGGAGCUGCUGCAGAUCCGACAGAAGCUGCAGGAGGACGAGAUGAAGAAGCUGGCCGAACAGCGCAGGAGAGAGAAGAUGGAGGACAAACUGGCCAAGCAAAGGGUUAAAGAGAAGAUAGCACGCGACAGAGAGGAGAGAGCGCAAAAGUUUGGAGGAGGUGGAGCCUCCAGCACGGCCGUGUCCCCCCCUCCCUCCCAGCCGAACCCCUCAUCGCCGACCAGUCAGGGCCCACCGCCCACCAAGAAGGAGUACGAUGAGUGCAGGAUACAGGUUCGUCUGCUGGACGGCUCGGCCAUCACGGCAAACUUCAAGGCCCAGGAGCCCCUGGCGGCCGUGCGCGUCUACGUGCAGAUGAACGGCAACACGCCCGAGGGCCAGGACUUCACGCUGCUGUCGCCCUACCCCCGCCACGUCUACACCGAGCUGGACAUGGAGAAGCCCCUCAAAGAGCUCGGUUUGGUACCUUCGGCUGUGCUGGUUGUUACCAAAAAGUGAGAACAGGUGGAUCUGCUCUGUGAGCCUACCUCAUCACGACCUCUGUUAUAUCACAAGAAGAGACCCCAGAUGUGGCGUGACACAGGGACGGACACCCCACCUCGCAGUAUCACUCAACAAGCCAGCUAUCUGAACUGAGGCGGUCAGAUGGAGCUCGAGGCCGGGUUCAGACUGUGUACCCUUUCUGACUUCUUAAAUAUCAACAAUACAAGUCCUGUUAUGGAUAAAUUGCAAGACAAAAGGGGAGAGUUUUGAAACAAGCUGACUGCAGCGCUUAGCCACCUCGGACUGAGUGAUUGAUUUGAUUGGCUAAUGGUUGCUUUGUGUGCAGUGAAGUAGACAAUAAUUUUUUUAAAAGCUAGGUUAUUUGAGAACAUAGUGAAGAUAGCUGGCUGUUGACUGUUGCUGCUGCGAGGAGCACCACUCAUGACAUGAGCAGAAUACUUAGAAAACCAAUAAAGCUCUUUGAUCUUAACCUGAACCUUACAAAGAACCACACCACAUGACUUACUUGAUUGGUUGUGAAAGGGCCUUAAAUUCAACCCCUAUGAUCUUCCUGAUUUUGUGAUGUUCACUACUUUGACAGUUGUUUUUUAUAAGUUAAAGUAUAUUGACGGCUAUGUCUGCAUAAUCACCAAGAACCUACUUAAAAUAAAGCUGACUUGGAGAAUUUCA